AUGGCUACGAUUCGCAUUGCCAAUGAGGUCCAUCCCAAGAAUGAGCUGCAGGGCAAGGAAGGGCGAACCGCCGAUAUCACCUCGAUCUAUGCGCAUGAUGAUGGCAUCUACAACAUGCGCUCGAGGAGAUCCUCGCACGAUCUGGGCCUCUAUCGGACCAAAUCUCUGCAACUUGAUGAGGAUCCUGGUUUGCGCAAGGAGGGCGACUUCAAGCAGAAGCAGGUUUUCAGCGGCAAGAUGCUACUCUGGCUAGCGUAUCAGUCAAUUGGCGUGAUCUAUGGCGACAUCGGUACAAGCCCCCUCUACGUCUACUCGUCGACGUUCACCUCCGCGCCAUCCAAAGAAGACCUUAUUGGCGUAUUGUCCCUCAUCAUCUGGUCCUUGAUCAUGAUGGUCACGGUCAAGUAUAUCGUGGUGAUACUUCACGCAGACAAUGAAGGCGAAGGCGGCACUUUCAGUACAUACACGCUCCUCAGCCGGUACAUGAACAUCACAAAUCGUGAUCCUAGGGAAGCUACGCUUGUGAGAUUGAAGCGACAUGCCUCCGGAGAUCUCGAGAGCGCCGGCAGGGUAAUGCGGAAGGGAAUCGAGUCCAGCCGCAUCGUGCGUGGUAUCCUUAAGACCAUGGGAGUGUUGGCCGUGUCCAUGGUACUUUCGGACGGCGUGCUCACACCUGCGCAAUCUGUCCUGGGAGCUGUUCAAGGGGCCCGGGUGGUCAACCCCAGCAUUUCCAAAGGGGCGAUCAUCGGCAUCACCGACGCGAUCCUCGUUUUGUUGUUCCUCGUCCAGCCCUUUGGCAUCACCAAGAUCACCUACGCCUUUUCGCCAAUCGUUAUCGUCUGGCUCGGAUUCAACGCAGUCUUUGGAAUAUACAAUGUGAUCCACCACGACGCCUCCGUCUUCAAAGCCUUCAAUCCCGGCUACGGCUUCACAUUCUUGGUCCACAAAGGCGAACACGGUUGGAGACAGCUCGGCGGCGUCCUCUUGGCCUUUACCGGCGUCGAGGCGCUGUUCGCAGAUCUGGGCGCUUUCAGCCGCGGAGCCAUCCAGCUCAGCUGGCUGUGUUACACAUUCCCAUGCCUCCUGCUGGCCUAUAUCGGGCAGGCAGCCUACAUAAGCGACCAUCCCGAAGGAUACGCGAACCCGUUCUUCGAGGCGGCUCCAGCUGGCACCGUCUAUCCGGCUCUGAUCAUCGCGAUCCUAGCUGCGAUUGUCGCCUCGCAGGCCAUCAUCACCGCAACCUUCCAGCUGCUCCACCAGGUCAUGAAACUGUCCUACUUCCCACAACUCUCCGUCAAGCACACGUCGAAGAUCUUUCACGGACAACUGUACAUUCCGCUUGCCAACUGGCUUCUCAUGAUCGGGACGAUCCUCAUUGCCUCGAUUUACAACAAUACCACGUCGCUGGGUAAUGCUUACGGCGUCUGCGUCAUGUUCGUCACCUUUUUCGAUACUUGCAUGGUAUCGUUAGCGGCCAUAUUUGUAUGGCGGUUCAGUCCCUUCAUCGUGUUCCUCCCCUGGCUCACAAUCGCCCUCUUGGACGGCACCUUUCUUUCCUCGGCACUCACGAAAGUCCCAGACGGAGCCUGGUUCACGCUCACCCUCGCCAUUGUACUGGGCAUGAUAUUCAUGCUAUGGCGCUUCGGCAAAGAACAGCAAUGGUUCGCCGAAGCAGAAGAUCGAUUCCCAACGUCCCAUUUCGUGCGCAAAACCCCGGACGGAUUACAACUGACCGACCGCUUCGACGGCACGCCCCUCAGCUCCAUCAACGGGUUCGGCAUCUUCUUCGACAAGGCCGGCGAAACAACACCCAUAGUGUUCAGCCAGUUCGCGAUCAAACUCACGGCCAUGCCCGAAGUGAGCGUCUUCUUCCACCUGCGCCCACUCGAGACGCCCUCCGUGCCGCCCUCCGACCGACAUACCGUGUCCCGCCUCGCGAUCCCGCACUGCUACCGCCUCGUCGUCCGCUACGGCUACAACGACGAAGUCAUCACCCCGGAUCUUGCGUCAGUCAUCUACGAGCAGCUCCGGGUGCAUAUCUUGAGUGAGCAGAGGUCCACUGCCGCCGUCCAGACACCGGCCACUUCGGGACUCGCCGAGGGCAACGCAGAUAAAUCCACGACCAGACACUCUAGACCUGAAGUCCUCUCCAAUGGUGAUGUGGACGAGGCCAUGUUUACCACGUCCUCGGACGAAAACACGCCGCAAGUGCAUGCGCAAGGACAAGGGCAAGGGAAAGAGCAACCACUUUCUCAUAGGCAUUCGCGCCAUAACCCGGAAAAAUCCCCCACCGAUGCGGAGGCCUUGGCCCGCCUGGACCGCGCCUUCAGCUACAAAAUCAUGUACAUCGUGGGCAAGGAGCAGAUGAAGAUCAAGCACACCACAACUAUACUAAGGCGGCUCUUGCUCGUACUGUUCCUGUGGAUGAAGGACAACUCGCGGACUAAGAUGGCGAAUCUGAACGUGCCGAUUGAGAAGGUGAUUGAGGUGGGCUUUCUCAAGGAGAUUUGA